AUGUUACAAUCUCCCUCGACCUCCGCUCCGGCUAUUGCGACUGUUGCCGAUGGCGUCGAUAAGACCAGAAAGGUGCGACGAAAGAGAAAGGCAGAUACUCAGGAUAAUGAACGUCUCUCCAAACGCCUGAGCCUGCUCAAUCUUGAGCGGAAUGGCAACAAACUCUAUGUCCCCGUUGAAGAACCCUCGACCUCAAUACCUCCUACCGUUGCUUCUUCUUCCGAUGUUUCCUCCAAUCUACCUGUCUCCGACGAGACAAUGCAACUAGAUGACUCGAAACAUAAAGUGUACAUUUAUAACAUGGACGAUGAGCUCUCCUCUGAUAGCGAAACCGAAGACUCCGGCAAGCUCGUCUUUCUUCCAGACAUCGAAAAGCAUCUGCGCGCAAACCGUAUUCCUCCCUCCGUACUAGCCAACAGCGAAGGGGAGCUGGCGGGCAUGCAAGUCGUGCUUUACAGCGACCCUAAGUCUUUGACGGUACCCGAGGAUAAAGACAUUGUGCGCAAAGCUAUUAUCGAGUCGAGACGUCGCACGAGGGAGUUGCAGCGAUUAGAGAGGGAGGGUAAGAUAGAACCGCCGACAAUACAGGAUAACACGGCGAAUAAUGCCAUCGAUACAGGUACAAACGACGAUCCAGACGCGAUGGACUUGGAUUAA